AGGGACGCCAUAUGUGGGGGACGGUCCUGUGCGUGUGUGUCGAAGGUGAUAGAAUCAGAUUUAAAAUUAGAUUUAACGAAACUUCACUUAAAAUCAUCUUGAAUGAUUGAUUCUGCUGUUAAACCCGGUAACGGUUCAUCUGGCUGACGUCACACAGGAAGGUGGACAGGAGGACGGUCACCAUGCUGAGUGUGUGGAGCUCCACCAGGUUCAGGGUCCUGCAGCUUCCUGUACGACCAGCCUGCUCAGGUGUGAUCCACAGGAGGCCACCUGCACCUGGGCACACCUGCUCUGCAGCGCCAUCUUUAGACGGCCUCCACAGGUCUGGAGGAUGCAGACACCUGUCAGGUGUCAGGACUCUGUCAGGUGUCAGGACUCUGUCAGGUGUCAGCAGCAGUAGUAGUGAGGAUGUUGCAGAUGUUGCAGGUGCUCCAGAUGUUGCAGGUGCAGGCGGGUGGUACAGCAGCCUGUCAGACUCGGUUCCGGUCCACCUGUGUGAACACUUCCUGGUGAGCGUGCAGCAGGCCAGUGGGUUUCCGUGGUGGCUGAGCGUCGUCGUGGCGACACUGUCGGUCCGGACACUGGUCACUCUGCCGCUCGCUGCGUACCAGCUGGUCAUCAUCUCCAAGGUGGAGGCGCUGCAGGUGGAGAUUGCUGAGCUGGCCAAGAGGCUGCGGUACGAAGUGUCAGUGCGAGCAAGAGAGAGAGGCUGGACAGAGAAACAGAGCCGGUUCCAGUUCCAGAAGAACCUGCGUCGGAUCGUCUCUCAGCUCUACAUCAGGGACAACUGUCACCCCUUCAAGGCCAGCCUGCUGAUCUGGGUCCAGCUGCCGCUCUGGAUCAGUCUGUCUCUGGCCCUCCGGAACCUGAGCCUGGAUCAGUCAGCCUGGCAAGCUGAGCUGGCAGCAGGAGGCGCUCUGUGGUUCCUGGACCUCACGGCACCGGACUCCACCUGGAUCCUCCCGGUCUGUCUGGGACUCACCAACCUGCUGGUUGUGGAGGUGUUUUCUCUGCAGAGAGUCGCCACGUCCAGGUUCCAGCGGCUGGUCCUGAACUCCAUCAGAGGGUUCUCGGUGCUGAUGAUCCCCGUCGCUGCUGCGGUUCCGUCGUCCACAGAAUCCUGCGACUUCGGACUCAGCGAUCAGACUCUCCUUACAGAGACCUGCUGUCUACUUUCAUCUCCAGAUACCGCCCAUGAACCAAAAGACGACCGGAGCUUCAUGCCUUCGUCCACCAGGCCUCCGUUGACUCGUCCCGCCUGCCGUCUCUGGAGCUGAAGCUGGAUUGGAACAGACCAAAGUACAGUCCAAUCACGAUGCCAGCUGCCUCUCAAAAGGCUCCUUCAUCUGGCAGGUGGCAGCACUUCUUCUGAGGGGAAGCUGAGCUGGUCCAGCAGAACUUUGGAGAUGUGUUCCAGUGGUUGGUGGAUGUGUGGGGAGAUAGAGAGGGACCUUUGAAUUAUUCACAAAGGAAAACAGGGAACCCAUUGGUAGUUUUAGUUUAGGCUGCUACUGUGGUGUGUUUUGGGGUUUUAAGAGGUGAACAGGAAGAGGUUUUUUCAUAUUAUCUUUUACUUUGUUCCUGGUUGGAAUGCCCAUCAAUGUCAACAUGAAGUUCACUUUUAGUUCUGUUGAUUUAUUUUUAUUUUACUAACACCCAUUUGCUUUUAACCCCCUCACAUGUUGUGUUGUUGUAAACUUACUCUUUCAAAUAAAUACUCGUCUAACCCUCUGGAAA